GUUUGCUUUGUAGUCAGGCAGACAUAACAUAGUUGUCCAAUCACAAAAAAUUCAGAAAGGGGAUUUUUGCUGUAGCUUUGGCUCAGGGUGAAGAAAGUUUCUGAUGAACUCCACCAACGGAGCGGAGCAGAGAACAGGCUUUGUGGAAUUCAGCUCCAACUACAUCGAUUCGCCCAAGAGGCCUCAGGUGCGUUUGCCACCGCUGUGUGAGCAAACAAUGACGGAGGACAGGUUGAAGGCAGACCCCUCCAAGCGGGAGGGUCUGGACUCAGGAGAGGGAGACACAGAGCCUAGCCUGCUGCUGCAGAAACUAAAGAGCAACAUCUCUAAGAAUAUACAGGGGAAAGUGGAUGUUAUCCUGCAAGAUGUGCAGCGCUUCUCUGACAACGACAAACUCUACCUUUACCUCCAGCUGCCUUCUGGCCCCAGUCCAGGGGAGAAAAGCAGCAGCAGCAGCAGCAGCAGCAGCAGUGACCCCAGUUCCUUCAACACAGCUGACCAGCUGCACACCUGCAACUGGAUCCGCAGCCACCUGGAGGAGCACGUAGACACCUGCCUGCCCAAGCAAGACGUCUACGAGACAUACAAGAGAUACUGUGAAAACCUGCAUCACCGGCCUCUGAGUGCUGCCAACUUUGGGAAGAUCAUCCGUGACAUCUUCCCCAACAUCAAAGCCCGGAGGCUCGGUGGCAGGGGACAGUCCAAGUAUUGUUAUAGUGGAAUCCGUAGGAAGACAGUGCUAAACAUGCCACUGUUGCCAAACCUGGACCUGAAAAAUGACCCCUCGGAGCUGACGGAGCUGGUGCAGAUCUACAAGCAAGAGGUGACGGAGGCGGCUUGUGAGCUCAUCUGUGAUUGGGCCCAGAAGAUCCUCAAACGUUCCUUUGACACAGUGGUCGAGAUCGCCCGUUUUCUUGUGCAGGAGCACAUCGUCAACCCACGCUGCAGCCAGGCUGAACUCGUCACUUCUGCCGCGAUGGCAGGAGGACCUGCAAAGCCCCACAAGGUGAUCAAGAAGAACCCAGUACCGUCAAAAGGAGGUGGGCCGGAGACAGAAGGGAGCAGCUCUGAUGCUAAGAGGGAUAAAGAAGUUGGGGAUCAGUCGUCGCCGGGGACACUGCAGUCCAGUGACAAGCCAACCAAAGGGGCGGAGUCAGUACGCCCGGGGGGUCGUGACCUGCAGGUGGAGGCUCUGAUGAAGCACCUGCCCCGAAUCCUGCCUCGCAGCUCCGUCCCGGAUAAGUCCCAAGGCGGCGCCCUCCCCGUCAUGAUCCUCCCCCACACCGUCAGCCUAUCCUACCCCGAAAAAGCCCCGCCGGUUACCAUGGUGCCCAUGGCACCGACGACGGUGGUGCAGAGGGCCCGUGCCGUGACCAAACGGGCCCUCGAGGCUCCGACUGCAACCAGCGGAGGCCCCGAGCCGGGAGGGACGCCGGCCAAACGGAAACGAGGACGACCCAGGAAGCCACGGCCAGAGGACACCACCUCUCCGCAACCGCCCCCUCCGUCCCUACCUUUGGUCAACCAAGCCCACAUCAUGAAGUCCCUCACUGGAGGGGUGAUCCAGAAAGCCUGCUCGUCCUCCUCCUCUUCCCAGGUGGUGGAGGUCGUGUUCCAGGACCAGCAUGCCGUGGUGCUCGGCCAGCUACAUUCGGUAGCGGACUCUGGCAACCCAGAGCACCGGGGUGUGGUGCUCGAGACUGACCCACGGCCCCUGCUGCUGCUGCCAGGGACCAGCCACGCAAACUGGGACAUGGGCAGGGCCAUGGUAGAGGUCAUCCAGAGGGCACCGAGACCCCCCACCACCAAGAACAACAACAACUCCCAGUCUAUCCCCCAGCAACGCCUGCCCCUGCCCACUUUGCUGGAGGAUCGAGGUGAGGUGGAGAUCACCCUCACCCCCAUGGAGCCUUCGGAAGAUCUGCCGACCCCCACCACCCAGGCUAGCUCGGAGGGCCGCCCUGCGCCUGAUGACAGCACUAAGGUUGAAAGACCCUAGCACUGGCCCUCCCAGUCCCGAACCUCACCCUCCUUGUCCCAGAGACUAGGGAGCACUAAGGGACUUUAUACUACCCUCAGCAUGAAGAUAACCACCUCCAAUCGCCCAAUCAUCUUCUCCCAGGUAGCAAGCUUCAACUGGCUCCACACAGUCCCUCUCCCAUCUUACCGAUUGGUGGAAAUCCAAGAUUGGCGGCACAGAGAUCCAAGAAGGGUUGAUGAAGCCAAACCGCUACAUACCCAUGUUGACCUUCCAUUAGCCCUUGCAUUUGACAAUGUAAAAAGGGCCGUUUAUAACUCUUUGCUGUGACUCUAACUGCAUGUUUUUCUUUGUAAUUGUGAGCGAAGAUAUAGACAAAUGCGGCUCCAUACUCCUGAGAUUGGAUUUCUUGUAGUUCUGAUGACGAGGAGGGGCUAUUUACGGGUUCGGACCAUUCAAGGUUCUAAGUGCUACUCUCCCCGAGAGGAACUCCCCUCAAAGCGUUAUUUUUUUUAUAUCUUUGGUUGUGUUAUGUUGAUGUUUGUAGUUGUGCUUUCAAAUAGACUUCCAGAGUAAAGGCGUCCGCAUGCUUCCCAGACUAAACAGUUCGGAAGAGUUUGGGCAUAUAUUAUAAUGACAUUUUGUGACGUUUCUGUUCAUUUUGGACUUCGGUAAGGAUUUUUCGGCUGUUCAGGAACACCCCAAAAAAUUCUAGAGGCAAGCCGAAGUCUGUAGCCGAAGUCGGUAGCCGAAGUCUACGCCCCUUCGUCAGUAAUUGGUCAACAGUCGGGAUUCUUCAAUAAAGUCUUUGUUGUCAUUUAACGAGAGACGACUCAUUUUCAUGCACAUUACUUCAUUGAGAAAUACUGCAACAAACAUCUUAGUUAGAUGUAAAAUUGCGCAACUAAGAUCUUUGUAAAAACGUCUAAAUUAAUGACAGAUUUCUUGAGUUAUCUUAGAUUAAUUCUGUCUAUUUAGAGGAAGUGUAUACUGGCUACGGCAUCUCAAAAUGGACAAACAGUACUAUUGCUGCACACUCGUUGGGUUUGCCAAGCCAAGUGUGGCUAGUCGCCAACCAAAAUGAAGCAUGCUGACGCCUUAAGAAAGGAUGACACUGCUGGUGGAACUACAUUUAAAUGAUGCCCCUGUCAUGCAUUGGAACUGGAUCUGCGACUGUAUUCUAAAACAUUGUGUGACAAGAUUGUGAGUUUGCCCCCCUUCCCCAAAAUCCCUAAGCUGGAGUAUGACGGAAAAGCAAGCACUUACCUGGGCGUAAUUCCAAUAUUACAGCACUUCCUGUUAGCGACUUAGUGUAAAUGACAAAACAUUAUAGACACCAUAUAGGCAAGACUAUGACAAACAGUCGUUUAGGUUUGCCUUUGCAUUUUGAAUUUACAGCACCUCGGACGAAAGCAUUAAAGCACAAACCUGCGAGCCUAGUGUAAAACCUUGAGUGUGGCAAAGAGACUUAAUGGAAUAUUAGAGCUGAUUUAGUAAAUAAUUUAGCCUGAUGCUAAUAUAGGUUGCCAAACCCUUUUUUAUAAGUACCUGUAUACACUCUAGUACUAUAAUAUAAUUUUCACAAAUUCAAACUGUCUGACAGAGACAACUGUUGUUUAGCCACCAUUGCCAAACGUUCAAACUCUGGCUUUGCCUAGGGGUGCAUACAUCUUAUAUGCAUUACGUAGCAGUACAUGAUAAUGUAAAAUACUGAUACCCUUCUCUCCAAAUCUAGCAUAUCAUCCAAAGUAUGAUCAACCUUAAAUAGGCUGGUUAUGUGUUUUUUUUACACCUUCCAUCCUUUGACAAGGGAAGAUUUACAUUUGUAAUCUCCAGCCUUAGCCCUUUUGGAAUUAAAUUGAAACAGAUGUCAAGAAUAUUUGCACUGAUAUGAAGAAAGCAAAAAGGGAAGAGCCUGUUAGUUAAUAAUAGUAAUGAUUACUAGAAAUUAUAAACUGGGUGGUUCGUGCACUGAAUGCUGAUUGGCUGAAAGCUGUGGUAUAUCAGACUGUAUACCACAGGAAUGACAAACCAUUACGUUGGUAACCAGUUUAUAAUUUCAAUCAGGCACAUCGGGGGUUUAUGUUUAAAGGCUGUGUUUAGACCCUCCCCGUUGCGUUGUGACUAAGAACGGCCCUUAGCCGUUUUGGCCAUACACCACAUCCCCUCGGGCAUUAUUUCUUAAUUAAACUAUGAUUAACUAUGAUUGUUAUGCUUGAGGUAGUUUUGGAACAAGCAAUGUUAGCUUUAUUUUUCAAUGGAGUUGAUGGUCAAAUUUGACUGAAUAGAGAAUAAGCACAACAGAAUUAUACUUUCUUAUUAUUUUUAAUUUAUUUUUUAAUUUUACCUUUAUUUAACCAGGCAAGUCAGUUAAGAAUACAUUUUUAUUUUCAAUGACGGCCUAGGAACAGUGGGUUAACUGCCUGUUCAGGGGUAGAAUGACAGAUUUGUACCUUGUCAGCUCGGGGAUUUGAACUCGCAACCUUCCAGUUACUAGUCCAACGCUCUAACCACUAGGCUACCCUGCCGCCCCUUCCUUCUAUAAACUAUGGGCUUAUGAAGAGACAAACUGGAUGUAAAUUCAUGGUGCAUGCAUUUGGUGCUGUAAUGGUGAUGACUCAAGAUUGUCUACACACUACGCUAUUUUCCCGGGAAAACAGGGAUUCCCUAUGUCUGUCUUCAAACCCUGUCGAUUUUCUUCCCUGCCUGUAUGUAGUACAGGGGUGACCAACCAUAGACAUACAUGUGGCCAACCUUCUUGUAGGCAGGCUUUUGUCCCUGCUCUGUUCUUACAUACCUGAUUCUAUUCUACUAAUCAACUGCUCAUUAUUAGCUAAAUCAGUUGUGUUAAAGUAGAGCUAGAACGAAAUCCUGCACACUUUGUAGCUCCCCGGUGAGGACGGUGUGCCGCCCCUGAUCUAGUAUAUUCUAUUGGUCUGUUAAUUGUGUAAUUACAUGUACAUGGUUAUAGUAACUCACCUUAUCCUCAUUCAUGACAUUGGACUAUGAGCUAGCAAUGAUCUCCUGAGUUGUAUUAGUCAAUCGACAGAUCAAGUUAAUAUCAGUAAAAGAGGUAGGUUUGAAUGACGACUACAGAUUAACUGCAGGCCCAGGGGACUUACAUGGGGAACCUCUUCCAUAAAUAAGUACAUGUCCUUUAGUGUGCAUUUAAAUGAGUAUUGCAGUAAGUGAUUGAGUGAGUGGGAGAACUUUCACUGUGGAGCCACGGUGCUCAAAAGAAACGGGUCAGAGAAUCAAAGAUAAGGAUCGGGAUACGGGUAGCAGUGCCUUGACCUUAACUGCCGGUUAAACCACAUCGUGACCGACCACGGUCAAGCUUUGCAGAUGCUCUGUUGAUGGUGGUAACACUCUAAACUAGCCCGGCUUGCUAUGUAGGGGUUAAGUAGCUUCAUAGCUUUGCUUUGCGGUUUGUUUGAGUUCAUGCAAAUAAAAAGAUAGCAAAUUAGUAAUUUUGUUAAUAUUGUUGUUUUAUCAAAUCUACGAAAACAUUUUAUCAUAUGUACUUUUGUUGAUAUACGUCUGUGAAGUUUCAUGUAUUGUACAGGUCACUUGAUGUGCAGUUUUAACAUGAAUGUCUUUGAAUUUCAAAGACACUUACAGUUCAAAGAAACCUAUCCAUGCAUGGUUUUAUGUGACAGUGAUUCUAUUACUCUAAAAUAAAAAAUAAAAACACUGUUACUCCUAGCUUAGAAACAUGUCAAAACAUAAAAUGUAUUGACUAAGGGGUUUAUUAAAAAUGGGAUGUAUUAUCUGUUUUAGUUUACAUGUAUAAUCCCCCAGGUUGUGUUUUGCACUUUAUUCAUACCGGAAGAUUAAGUCAUUUAUAAUUGGUGUACACAUAAAAAACAGAAUCCUGAUUUGAUUUAUACAUGCGACUCUGAAUGCCCUUGUUUGAAAUUGUUUCCAAUUUGUUUUUUUGUAAAUCAUCGUCUCAGAGAUUUUGUGACAUUUACAUCUAAUGCUUCCUUUAAAAAAACACAACUAAACAAAAUGAUGCCAACGACUAAUGUGAAUAUAUUUUCCUAUGCUGACUGUAAUAAAUGUUGUUAAAGGUAACUGGAGAGAUGUUACAGUAGGUGUU